UAGGACAUCUACGGAAACGUGCGACUCAACUUCACUGCAUCUGCUCAACCCCCCUUCCCGCCAACUGACUAACCAGGGGAACCAAAGAUCACACCAGGGAUAUUUCUACGAGAAUCAACCUGGUUUCAGACAGGGUACAAACUGUUGAUUGUCAGGCCUAACCUUCCUGCUAUCUUCUCAACGCCUCAGAAGAUCUUACAACCGUUUGAAUUAGUCAGAAUCCUGAGAAGUUAACAAAUAUGGCUGCAAUGCUCAAAACUACUUACCAAAAACAUUUUGGGAAGCGCCCUGCGCGGUUGGCAGAAGCUGUUAGGAAUGACGGCAGGAAGAUUAAAGGACCUUCAGGUACUCUGGAUGUUUACACUCUUCCUCUGAAUUCCCAUUCCAUGAAUAUAGAGGGAUGCAAAUGCUUCACGUUUGGAAAAGACUCUGGGAAACAGAACCGCACCAUCAUGGUUAUAGGAGGCACUGGGUCGGGGAAGACCACCCUGGUCAACAGGAUGAUCAACUACAUCCUGGGGGUCACAGCGGAGGAUACCUUUAGAUUCAAGUUGGUAGACGAAGGCACGGCCAAGUCUCAGGCUCACAGCCAGACCUCUGAAGUCAACGUGUACAAGCUCUACCACCAAGAGGGCUUCCAGAUCGACCACUCCCUGACUAUUGUUGACACGCCGGGUUUCGGAGACACGAGAGGCAUAGAGAGAGAUGAGUUGACAGUCAGUCAGAUAGAAACGCUUUUCAGAGCUGAACAUGGAGUCAGCGAGAUUGAUGCCAUCUGCUUCGUGGCCGAAGCGUCUAGUGCUCGGCUUACAAAAACACAAAAAUACGUGUUUGACUCAGUGCUCAAAAUAUUUGGCAACGAUGUAGAAGAGAACAUCCAGAUUAUGGUGACAUUCUCAGAUGGCAAUGAUCCUCCGGUUCUUGAGGCAAUCAAAGUGGCUCAGGUCCCAUGUCCUAAAGGGAAAGAUGGUUUACCAAUUCACUUCAAAUUCAAUAACACGGUCAGAAAGAUACCUGCUGCAAACAACGAAGAUGAUACCAGUGACGAUGAUGAGAACGAGGGGGACGUGGAUAAACUGUUUUGGAAAAAGGGAAACAAAAGCAUGGCAAGAUUCUUUUCUGCCCUGCACAAGAUUAAUCCUAAGAGCUUGACCUUAACGAAGCAGGUGCUCAGGGAGAGAGCUCAGCUUCAGAUCUCCCUUGAGAAUCUCAGGAUUAAGAUAAAAAUGGCCUUAACUAAACACGGGGAGAUUAAACAAGAAUCUCUAAUUCUCAAAGCAGAGGAGUCAGUGAUCGCAGUCAGUGGGGAAUUUGAGUAUGAGGUCCCCGUCACAAGGCCUGCUAAAUUGCCAGGCAACAAAAAUUCAGUUAACUGUAAGACAUGCAAGGUCACUUGCCACAAAUCAUGCGGGGUAAUAUGGGGUCUCCGUUAUUGGUGUGAGGUCUUUACCAUUACUGGUACGUGCGUCCAAUGCAAGUGCGGUAAAUCGAAGCAUGUCCUUGAGGGUUUCUACUGGGGUACCGAGACGGUGACCGAGAAACGAACCUUUAAGGACCUGAAAAUAAGGUAUGAGGAGGCCUAUUCGGCAGCCAUGUCCGUUGGUGACAUCAUCACAAAGAUGCAGCUGGAGUACCAACAACUACUUGAGGAGGCAGUCAGGCUGAUUGAGCGCUCAGCCCAGUGUCUCAACACCCUAAAGAAGAUCGCUCUGAGGCCCGAUCCACUCUCAACUUCUGACUACAUCGACAUGCUGAUAGAGGAAGAGAAGUCAAAGGAAAAGCCUGGCUACCUGGAGAUCAUCGAGACACUCGAGGGCCUGAAGACUAACGCCAAUACCAAGGAGAAGGUCAGUCCAGGGGUUGGUACCUCUCCCAGCGCUAAAAAUAAAUAAAACUUCAAUGAAUAAAGGCUAUUAUUACAAGGCUCUUCUCAGUGCUGUAGAAUGUUCCGUUCACUAGCAUGGGCUUCCCCGCCCCCCCCCCUCUCUUCUCAUUAAUCUGGACCUGACAACCUGUUCGCUCUCUGGCUGAGGUGACAUCGAGUGAGACUUCUGUGAUUCGCUCAGUCAAGAUCACGAUGUUUAAAUUAAUUAUUUGAUUUUGUUUCUGUUGUUCUGUGUCCGUUAAAUGCUUGGCAACACUCCCCACUCCAGCUCGAACACUGAAUCACCGAGUGUAUUGACUUACUGCUUCUUUUCCCUCAUUUUUUCAAGUUAAUUGUGCAAAUUAUUACGCGUGCUUAUACACUAUUCUUAUAUUUUUAUACAUGUACUCACUAUAUUGGAUUAUGGCUGUGAUGUACUUUCAUCAUGAGAUAAAUACAUUUCUUAUUAUUUUUAAAUUCAUGGUUUGUUGUGUUCUUCAUCAGUAGUUUAUCAAUGUAGAUGUUAAGGCAAUUCAUGAUGCAUUAUUUUUAAGUUUGGGUCCUGGGUAGACACAUAUUUCUCCUUUGUGAAAGGUUUGGAACUCAGAGGACAAGAACCAAGGCUCUAAAACAAUAUUUGCUGAAGUAUAACCAUGUUGAAGCAUGCCUGUUGCCUAAAAGAGAAUUAAAGAUGAA